AUGCAGGUUCCAAAUGGAGUUGAAAAUCAGAAAUAUAUGAACGGUCCUGACCAAGUAAUACCAGUGGAUCACUACAUAUGUCUACUGAGCAGAACUGUGGCUAGAUAUCCUGAUGCAACGGCCUUUGCCACAAAAAAAUCUGAUGGAAAAUGGCAUAAAACCACUUACAGGCAGUACCAAGAACGCGUAAGAACAAUCGCAAAGGCCUUUUUGAAAAUAGGUCUCGAACGUUAUCACUCAGUAUGUAUAUUGGGAUUCAAUUCAGAAGAAUGGUACAUCGCUGACCUCGCAGCUAUUCACGCGGGAGGUUACGCGGCUGGGAUUUACACAACGAAUUCUCCUGAAGCAUGUUUCCAUUGUCUGGAAUCCUCACGAGCGAACAUCUGCGCUGUGCAGGACAAGAAGCAAUUAGACAAAAUAUUGUCCAUACAAGGACGAUUGAAGCAUCUAAAAGCUAUCGUACAAUGGGAAGGUCCAGUGGAUACGUCUGUACCUGGUGUCUACAGUUGGGACCAAUUAAUGGAGAUGGGAGCGAAGGAACCUGACACACAGUUGAACAACAUCCUCAAGUCUAUUGCAGUCAACGAGUGCUGUACUCUUGUAUACACAUCUGGAACCGUGGGUCCACCAAAAGCCGUGAUGCUCUCACACGACAAUCUCACGUGGGAUGCGUUCGCUAUCAGUGAAAGAUGCGGUGAUUUGAAACCUACAGUAGACAAACUCAUUUCAUUCUUACCGCUGAGUCACGUUGCUGCACAGGUAGUCGACAUUUAUGCGACAUUAACAAAUGCUGUUGAAGUAUACUUCGCCAGACCUGAUGCCCUCAAGGGGACGUUGGUUGAAACCUUGAGAGAAGUCCGUCCAACUAGGUUCCUAGCUGUGCCGCGAGUGUGGGAAAAGAUGCACGAAAAAAUAAUGGCUGUAGGCGCUGCUAACAGCUCUUUCAAGAAAAGUAUAGCGAUGUGGGCCAAAGACAAAGGAACGAAACACCACUUAGCGAGAAUUAACGGUGCCCUUUCGUCCAGUCCGAGGAUUCUUCCAAUAGACUUCAGUCUUUUGGAGUUACUUAAGUAUUGGCAAACCGGUACAUCAUGUGGUUAUAAACUGGCGAAGUCGCUAAUCUUCAGUAAGGUGCGUGAUUCUCUCGGGCUCGACCGUUGCCUAACAUUCGUAACUGCGGCGGCGCCACUGUCGCCUGAGAUCAAAAAGUUUUUCCUUUCCUUGGAUAUACCUAUCAUGGAUGCCUUCGGGAUGAGUGAAGCAGCCGGCGCUCACACACUUAGUAUAUAUCCAAAAUUCUCGCUGGACUCAUCUGGAGAAAUACUUGACGGAACUGAAACACGAUUUGGUGAUUCCAUGAGUGUCAACGGUCCUGGUGAAAUUCAAAUGCGUGGUCGCCAUGUUCUAAUGGGCUAUCUGAAUGACGAAGAAAAGACGAAAGCUACUGUUGACGAAGACGGAUGGUUACACUCUGGCGAUGUUGGAAGAUUGGAUAGUCACAACUUGUUGUACAUCACAGGGAGAAUAAAGGAAUUAUUGAUAACUGCUGGAGGAGAAAACAUAGCUCCUGUUCUCAUAGAGCAGGCGGUUCAAGCCGAGCUGAUACACGUUGGAUAUGCCGUGCUUGUGGGAGACAGGAAGAAGUUCCUAGCUAUAUUACUUACCCUAAAGGCCAAAGUGGAUUCAAAUACCGGCGACGCGUUGGAUGAGUUAGACACUGGAACAAGGAAGUGGGUGGCUGAUCUUGGCAGCUCUGCCACCACCAUUAGCGAAAUUGUCAGGACAAAGGAUCCAGCGGUAUAUAAAGCUAUUGAAGAUGGUAUCACUCGUGCUAACAAACACGCAAUAUCGAACGCUCAGAAAGUACAAAAAUUCGCUAUACUACCCGCAGACUUCUCAAUGAACACCGGAGAACUUGGACCAACAUUGAAAAUCAAGAGAAAUGUAGUAUACGAGAAAUACAAAGACAUCAUAGAAGACUUCUACAAAGAUUAA